CCCAGUUGCAGCGGCAGAUGGAGGAGGACGAGGAGGCGCGGGCGCUGCUGCCCGGCAGCCCUGACGAGGCCGGCAGUGGAGCCUCCGCCGCUCCCGGGGCGCUGCCUGCCCUCUGCGACCCCAGCCGCCUGGCGCACCGGCUCUUGGUGCUGUUGCUCAUGUGCCUCCUCGGCUUCGGCAGCUAUUUUUGCUAUGACAAUCCUGCUGCCCUUCAGACCCAGGUUAAAAGGGAUAUGCAGGUGAAUACCACGAAAUUCAUGCUGCUGUAUGCCUGGUAUUCUUGGCCCAAUGUCGUUUUGUGUUUCUUUGGUGGCUUUUUGAUAGACCGAGUAUUUGGAAUACGAUGGGGCACGAUUAUUUUUAGCUGCUUGGUUUGCAUUGGACAGGUUGUUUUUGCUCUGGGUGGAAUAUUUAAUGCUUUUUGGCUGAUGGAAUUUGGGAGGUUUGUGUUUGGGAUUGGUGGAGAGUCUUUAGCAGUUGCACAGAAUACAUAUGCUGUGAGUUGGUUUAAAGGCAAAGAACUAAACCUGGUGUUUGGACUCCAGCUCAGCAUGGCUAGAAUUGGAAGUACAGUGAACAUGAACCUCACAGGAUGGCUGUAUUCUAAGAUUGAAGCUUUAUUGGGUUCUGCUGGUCAUACAACCCUUGGGGUAACACUUAUGCUUGGUUGUAUAACUUGUGUUCUUUCACUAAUCUGUGCCUUGGUCCUUGCUUACUUGGAUCAGAGAGCAGAGAGAAUCCUUCACAAAGAACAAGGAAAAACAGGUGAAGUUAUUAAAUUAACUGAUAUAAAGGACUUCUCCUUACCACUAUGGCUGAUAUUUAUCAUCUGUGUCUGCUACUAUGUUGUGGUGUUUCCUUUUAUUGGACUUGGAAAAGUUUUCUUUAUAGAGAAAUUUGGAUUUUCUUCUCAGGCAGCAAGUGCAAUUAACAGCAUUGUCUAUGUCAUAUCAGCUCCCAUGUCCCCAGUGUUUGGGCUCCUGGUGGACAAAACAGGGAAGAACAUCCUCUGGGUUCUGUGUGCAGUGGCCACCACGCUCGUGUCCCACAUGAUGCUGGCCUUCACGAUGUGGAACCCUUGGAUUGCUAUGUGUCUCCUGGGAUUCUCCUAUUCAUUGCUUGCCUGUGCAUUGUGGCCAAUGGUGGCAUUUGUAGUUCCUGAACAUCAACUGGGAACUGCAUAUGGCUUCAUGCAGUCCAUUCAGAACCUUGGGCUGGCUGUCAUUGCCAUCAUUGCUGGCAUGAUAUUGGAUACACGGGGAUAUUUGUUUUUAGAAGUUUUCUUCAUUGCCUGUGUUUCUUUGUCCCUUUUAUCUGUGGUCUUCCUUUAUUUGGUGGAUCGUGCCCGAGGUGGGAACUUAAAUUAUUCUGCAAAACAAAGGGAAGAAAUAAAACUUUCUCAUACCGAAUGAGAAGUUACUAAAUGACUGUGGCUUAAGGAUGGGCUGGACACACCACUGAUUUGCAAACCUUCAUCUCCAUUCAUUUUUUAAAUUUUAGAGUUUAGUCAUUAGGGAAAGUAAUGGAGUGCAAAGUCACAGUUCUAUUUCAGAUGCACCUACUUCAAAGAGUGUUUGCAAGGACUGUCUUAGCCUGUGUCAUUUGUACUCUGUGUUGCUGAAGAAUUCUACUUCAGGCUGAUCAACAGCGAACAGUUUAGAAAACUGGUGAACUUCAGGAAGUGCAGUCAAUAAUGGAAAAUAUUAUCUUGUGUUGAGAUAACUUGCACUAUGUCUUAGGGAUGUGGUCUUUGUCUUAUAGUAGAGCCUCUCUUCCCCAACCCUGAACCUUUUGAGGUUGCAGAUGGGCUGUUUUACUUAGAACAAAUGACCGCAUUGUGACGGGCAUUCCCUUGUAUGGAGAAUGAUAGGAACUUGCUUCACAUUUGCCACUAGCAGAUUGUGCCCUGCUGUCCUUACGAGGGCUGCUAAACAGUGGCUCUUGGGAGUUUAUCUCCCUGUUACUAAGGAAGCUAAUAACUUAGGGACAUAAUUUUGCAGUACAAACUUUCUGAACAUUUUUGUAGACCAAUUAACUAAAAAAGUUUAUGAUGCUAAUUGCCUGCCUAGGUGCCUACAUGGAUAAAUAAAACACUGCAAAAGGGAUAAUUGAUGCUUUUUGAUGUUUAAAAAUAUUAGUGCACACCACAUUUUCUUUAUCCAUGAUGGGCAUCUAGGCUGGUUCCAUGACUGCCUGUCAUGGACAGUGAGUAGUACUGUGGUGUGCGGCCUGUGUUCACAGUGGAGUAUUCAGCUAUUAAGAACAAAAUCAUGUUUGCAUGAAAGUGUAUGGAACUGGGAAUCAUGAUAAAUGAAACAAGACAGAUCCAGAAGAUAGGCAUCCUGUGUGGGUUCAAAAUAAAUAAAACAUACAUGAAAGUAGGAGGAACUACUGAGGAAUAGGAAGGGAAUCAGUGUGGGGAGGAGAUAAAUGUAACCAAAGUACUUUCUAUACCUGUAUGAAAAUGUCAAUGAAGGCUCUAUUUUGUAUAAUUAAUAUACACUAAUAAAAAUAUUAAAGCACUGACUUUUAUUCAUGUGGAAUA